GACGUCUACGGGCCGUCCUGCCGGGUCCGCGGUGGGUCAGCCCGGCGCUCGGGCGUGAAGGCCGGGGAGGGGGAGGCCCGGUGCUGAACUCCACGGCAGUGCGGAGUCUCGAGAGGAAAGGAUGCCAUCCAGUCGCCAGGAGUUUGAAAAGGCGCUGCUGGGCUCACGAGGCUCAUGGGAAACGUAGUCCUCGGGGAGCAGGGGGUGCCUGAAGGGCCGGCGCGGGAUUGGCCGGGCUGGGGUCGCCAGGGCCGCGCGCGGGCGGGGCGAGCGGGUGUGUGCGCGCCACUUCCGGGAAGUGGCCGCCGGCCCGGAGCGGCUGCCGAGGUCCCUCUGGGUGAUUCCAAAAAGACUCUCUGAAAGGAGAAUGCCAUCCCCACUGGGGUCCCCACACCAGUCCCUCAGUAAUCUUGAGACCACCCUUGAGGAGCCUGAGGCUGCACGACUGAAAUUCCGUGGAUUCUGCUACAAAGAGGUGGCAGGGCCCAGAGAGGCCCUGACCCGGCUGAGAGAGCUGUGUCGCCAAUGGCUGCGGCCCGAGUCAUGUUCCAAGGAACAGAUGUUAGAGCUGUUGGUGCUGGAACAGUUUGUGGGCACACUGCCCCCUGAGAUCCAGUCCUGGGUGCAAGGGCAGCGACCAGGCAGCCCUGAGGAAGCGGUAGCUCUAGUUGAAGGGCUACAGCACGACCCUGGGCAGCUGUUGGGCUGGAUCACAGCCCACAUCCUGAGGCCAGAGGUGCUUCCUGCAGCCCAGAAGACAGAGGAGUCCUCAGCCAGCCCCUGCCCCUCAGCAACAGUGGAGUUCUCUGGGGCAGCCCCUGCAGAGGGUCCACAUAAUGCCAGCAUGGAAGGGUCUGCCCAGCUCAGCUGCAGUGUGAAGGAGGAGCCCAGUGCUGAUGGGCAGCAUGUGGGUGAGGGAGAGUGCCACCAAGACUGUGGAGCUUGUGGAAAGGCACCUCCCAGUCCACUGCUUCCAACCCAGUCUCCCAAGGGGCAUCUUAGACACCAGGACACAGCCUCCACUUCCUUCCACCCACCCAGGAUUCAGGAGGAGUGGGGGCUGCUGGACCCGUCACAGAAGGAGCUGUACUGGGACGCGAUGCUGGAGAAGUACGGCACGGUGGUCUCGCUGGCAGGGCUGCCACCCCCGCCAGCCAAAGAGCGGGCUGAAUCCAAGUCAGAGCCUGACCGUGAGCCCGAGCUGGGGACACCAUGCUCCGGACCCGAGGUUGGUGAGAGCCGCUGCCCAGGCGAGCGCAGCCUGAACCACCCAGAAGUCGGGGCUGAGGUAGACACUCCUGGGCGCAGCCAGGUCUGCACAUCCCCGCCACCAGCACUGCCACUCCCGUUCUCCCCCGCGCAGCCGAAGCCCUACGUGUGCCCGCAGUGUGGCAGGGGCUUCGACUGGAAGUCCGUGUUCGUCAUCCACCACCGCUCUCAUGCAGGAGGCCCCUGUCCCGAGAGGCCACCACAGGCACCCCGGGAGCCAGUGGCACGACCCCCACGGCGCCCGGUGGGGCCUCGGAGCUAUACCUGUGAGGAAUGUGGGCGUAGCUUCAGCUGGAAGUCGCAGCUGGUCAUCCACCGGAAGAGUCAUGCUGGCCAGCAGCGCCACUUUUGUAGUGACUGCGGCCGCAGCUUCGACUGGAAGUCCCAGUUGGUCAUCCACAGGAAGAGCCACCGGCCUGAGGCCCCUUGAGCAGGAGGGCUGCCCUCCUGGGGGGCGGUAGAGGGGGGGCACCUGUGGGCCUCUGGGCCUAGAUAGAGCACCCUGGGGGCCAACUCCAGCCUACUGGAGACUCAGGGGGACAGUAAGGAACUCUGGACCUGCCCCCAAAAGUCCACCUGGGAGUGCGGGAAAGCUGCUCUGUUCUUCCUGCCCUGCCUUCUAGAGGAGGCCUGGGUUGGAAUCCAAGCUGAGUGGUGACUGUGGGGUGAUCACCAGGCCUCCCUACCUGAGGUAUAAAAGCCCAGGACACGCCCUCCUCCUGGGACCUCUUGCUCAAAAACUGCCUUGCUGCCCCUUCCUACAGAAGUCCCUGUGGAAGGUGGCAGUAAGCUCAGAAAAGCACGGCUGAUGUCUGUCCUGCUGUGUGAGACCCCUGGGCCUCCAUGUGCACGUUACACCCUUAACAUAAAUCAURUGUUUUUAGCAGUGACAGCAGUAGCCAGUCAAGUCUUUUCACAUUACAUCACUGCCACUCUUCUGCCCGUCUUCCACUUAUAAG